CGUCAUAUUUCUUUUUUUUUUUACAAGGGUCUAAACAUUUAUUUAUGCAACAAUAUAUUAAAUAUAAUAGUUUUUUAAUAGGCUGACAUCCAAUAUUAUCUAGUUUCUUUAAAUUUUAAUUAGCUAUUUAUGACAAGUAUUAACAUAGAAUAUAAAAGGUGGUAGUACAAUGCAUUUUACAGUUGUUUGUUGUUAAAAUAGUAACGAUAUUUAUAACCGUUUCCUCGAAUGUCACAAUUAUCUCAAAUGUUAAUGCGGAUAUAAAACGAGAAUUGUGCUGUGAAUUAAUAUUUGAACUUAUGCUGUAAUGCGUGCAACAAGCAGUUUCGAGCAAUUCUGUGUUACCAAUUAUCAACUCAGAAAACCAAAGAGACCACAGGACAAUGGAACCCUUCCAAAUACUGUGCAGUAUCGCCGCCGUAAUUCUUGCUUUUUAUUAUUUCUUUACGUCCACUCUCGAUUUUUGGAAAUCGCGCGGCGUUUGUGGUCCACGACCGAUUCCGGGAUUUGGAAAUUUAAAAGAUGUUUUGCUCGGAAAACUGACUAUGAGUGGUUAUUUGAUGAAACUGUACAACGACUACAAACAUGAACCGUUGAUUGGAAUAUUCGCUAUGAGGACACCCGUGCUUAUCGUAAAAGAUCCAGAUUUAAUUAAAGACAUUUUUAUCAAAGACUUUUCUACGUUUGCUGAUAGAGGAACCACUACUCACGAGAAGGCUGAACCGCUGUCACAACAUCUCUUCAAUUUGGACCCGAAAAGAUGGCGAGCCUUACGGUUGAGGCUAUCUCCUAUAUUUACAUCCCGUAAAUUAAAGGGAAUGUUCUCGUUGAUAUCAGAAUGUGCCGAUCACCUUGUAGAGUAUACAGAAAAAUUAGCGAGCAGGAACGAGCCUAUAGAGUGUCUCGAACUGAUGGCCCAAUACACCACUGACGUUAUCGGCAGCUGUGCCUUCGGCAUAGAUAUGAAUACACUGUCGAACAAGGAUAGCGAAUUUCGCAGAAUAGGAAGAGAUAUAUUUCAUCAGCCCUUGUCAGAUUUACUACGAUCCAUAAUAAAAACUGUUUCGCUGCGGUUAUACGAUAUCCUCGGUUACAUUCUGCCGAACACGGAAAUCACCAAUUUUUUCAUGAAUCUUGUUAUGGACAGUAUUAAUAAUAGAGAGAAGAAUAAUAUCAUUAGGCAUGAUUUCAUCGAUAUGCUGCGCGAAUUAAAGAAGCAUCCAGAUAAAAUGGAAGAUAUCAAUUUUACGGAUAGUGUGAUAGCUUCUCAAGUCUUUAUGUUUUUUGCUGCUGGUUUUGAAACCUCAUCGACAGCGAUGUCUAGUAUGCUUUACGAGAUGGCUCUAAAUCAGAAAAUACAAGACAGGCUACGUGAAGAAAUUGAUGAGGAAUAUACAAGAAAUGGUAGCAAUUUAACUCAUGAGAACAUCAAGAAAAUGAAUUAUUUGGAAAAAGUAAUCAAAGAAACUUUACGGAAAUAUCCACCUCUGAUGUUUUUUACGAGAAAAACGACGUCGAGUUAUACUUUUAAUGGUGUCAAAGUUAGUAUACCACAAGGUCAAAAAAUAUGGAUUCCUAUUUUCGCGCUUCAACACGAUCCGCACAUUUAUCCGGAACCAGAUGUCUUCGAUCCAGAAAGAUUUAAUGAAGAAGCUGUGCGAAGUAGGCAUCCAAUGUUUUAUCUACCUUUCGGCGAUGGGCCAAGAAAUUGCAUUGGUUCUCGCUUUGCAACUUAUCAGAUUAAACUCGGCCUUAUAAAGAUACUACGAAACUACAAAUUUGAACCUUGCGAGAAAACGGAAAUUCCUUACGCCAUCAAUGAGAAAACAUUUAUAAUAUCACCAAAAAAUGGAAUAUACUUGAGAAUAAUUAAAAUCAAUCGAGCAUAAGUUAAGUUCGUCUAUACUUUUUUUAAUUUUUUGUUUUGCAAUUUAGGAACAGGAUGUGAUUUCGGCAGUGUCUUUUCCUACAUAUCUUCCCAGACAAUACAAAAUCUCAAAUCGGGUCAUAAGACGUCUUAAAAACACAUUUCCCAAAAUAGUCCUAAAGACGUUUUGUGAUUUAGAUGUCUUUAGGAUUUUAAACUUUAUUUUGUCUGGGUUAAUAAUAUGCAAUCUUUUAAAAUGGUUUCCUUCUUUAUCAGGUACAAAUAUGUAUAAUAUGUACGUACUACGUUACAUUGUAAAUGUAAAUAUAUGGAGUAUCGUAAAUCAAAUGUAUCCAUAUUUAUGUUUUCGCAGAUAUAUAUAUUUACAAACUACUAAGUAUCAAAUAUUUUCAUAAUUUAAACGUUUUUAUUAAUAAAAAGUUUGUGUAAAUAUACAUUAAGAUAUAUGAUAAUUCUUUUUAAUUGUAAAUCAGAAACAUAAGAAUAUCAUCGCAAAUAAAAGCUGGAGAUAAAAAAAUCUAAAAUGUUUUUCAACUUAUAAUUUGCAUGGAUAAUUUUUCACGUUAUCUCGAAAUUUAGUUGCCAAUAUGUACGUAUGCAAAUUAAAUAUUUAUCUACGAUUUGCGUUUGAUCUGGGUGUUCAAAAACUUUCAUGUAAUAGUUUAUAUUUUUAUAUGUUAUAAAAUUGUAUAGUAGUUUUAAUUACAUUAUGUACAUAUAGUACAUCGUUCCUUAAUAAAAAAUAUUGAUUUUCGUACAAUUA